AUGGCUGAGUCAUAUCGUCCUGCAACUGCAAGAUGCCCACCCUCUCGGCAGGUCCGGGGGACGAAGCUUAAUACUAUAAUCGAGGACUCGCGUGAGACGCAGUUUACAGAUAAGCCAGAAAGUGAUGCAGUUGGAAAUAGUCCAAAGAGUCCGACGCCGCAAUUGAAGCUCAGAACCACCGGUCUUUCGUCAUCCGCAGCUCGGUCCAAAUGUUUCUUUUCGCCCAUAUCAGCAGGUUCUGCCUCUUCCUGCUCUGAUGUGGAUUGGCAACAGCAAAUGAAGAAUUUCGAUGAUCUGUACGAUGCUAGCGAUGAUGAAUCGGAUCUUAGUGAUGAGUGCAUGUCAUACUCCAGCACCCGGCCUACGAGCUUGUCGACCCCUACCACGGGGAGAGAUUCUGUAACGUCCCCAAGCACGCGUAAGCGGUAUCCAACCCUGACCAUCCCGGCGUCAACUGCAUGGCCGUCACUCCAUGGCACCGCGCCCAAGAGCUCACCUGUUCCACCCACGCCUCCGUCCAAAAUCCCUGUUUGCCCAGCGGCUUUAUCAAUGCUUGGUCGUUCUGUUCCAGCUAUGCACGCUCCUCCCUCUCUAGAUGGUAGUAUAUCGUCGGACCAGAUGUCCAAUAUCACGUCUCCAUCGACCCCAGAUUUACAGUCACUUCCAGACACUGACUGGAAUCACCACGAGGUCCAUGUACUUCCGGACCCUGAUGAAGAUACGCAAGAUGGAGACCCGGAUGCCACCGCUGAUAUCCAGAACAUUGAGAUUUCCCUAGAGAGCGCUGAUGAGGACUGGCAGCGAUUCAUUGGAGAUUUCCCUCGAAUCCCAGGACAAUUAACGCCGACCUCUGCCCGUAUGGAAGUCGAGCCUCCAAGGGAGGAUACACCAUCUGAUACAGGAGUUUUUCUUCCCGAAGAGGCUCUGGCAACCUUGAGCUUUAUUCCGCUCAACGGAACGCCGGAACCUUGGUCUGAGACAUCAGAGGAUAAUGAAGAGAUGUGGCAGCUCGAGGGACCACCAUCACAUCAUCGCGCGAUUAAGGAUGAAACUCCUGUGUCUGGAAUGUCUGAGUAUAGCUUUAGUGGGCUCAGCAUACCUUCCCCUGGUGGAUUCUUUAAUUCGUUAGCUCCUCGCGCGCGCCACACUUGGUCUCUUCCAAAGUUCAACCAACCCCCUACAUCUGCUGCUGCCGAAAAAUUUUACAACCUGCCCUUCUCUCGAAGUGAGGGGCAGAUUGUUGAACAUGUCAUUGAUUUUCCGGAGAGAUCCAAUGAUGAACAGUUGACGGCAAUAUAUGCCCCGCCAACUGCAAUCAGGCUUUCGACGAACAUGGCGCAUCCAGAGUCUGAGACAUCAAAUAGUCCUGUGAGUGAGGUUGUGCAAGAAAUCUCUCGGCCCAUUUCAUCGUGUGAUCCGGAAGAGCAGGAGGAAACGUAUGCGGAGGAAAUUCAAAAGAAGGCACUAGCAAGUUUGGACAGGACGAGUGUUUGGCUGGCAGCACAAGCUUCAUAUCUCUCAGCACUUUGCGAGACAAAUCCUGUUAAUGCCGCUGGGGCUCAAGGGGAGUUGCAAGUUAAUGCCGAUGAGGUUACCCAGGAGGUUUCCGCGACCAAGCUUGAACGAAAGAAAUCUGUUAGAUUUUCCGCAGCAAUUCCCGAGGCACCUAGCUCGCUUCCUUCUGCUCUAGCAAGCAAAGACUCGAUUUACUGGCGAGGAUUUCGCGCUAUGCUACAGCAAUCUCAGAGCUGGGACACUUUUGUGCACCGUGGUACUCGUUUUGACGCUGUCCAGUCUAAUAGACUAGGUUUGGUUAAUUUACACACCAACUGUCUGUCCGGAAACUACGAAUUAACACGCCCUGAGCGUCCCGCGUACAGUGGCCCAUUCUCCCAGGCUCCCCGCAACUCGGUGAUUGCAUCAGUCUUGGCCGAAAAGGCCCAAUUCUCUAUGGUUGAGAAAGAGCAAUUAGUUCUUUCCCAAAUCAUGGAGCCGCUUUGGGCCAUGGAAGCCCUGAAGUAUCUCAACGGCGGCAAACUGCUUGUCAGCCCCGCAGCGAAGAGGCUUUCCAAAACUGGCAAAAAUAUGGCCACCCAAAAGAAACUGAACCAUCGGCAGGUACGGGUUCUGGACUUGGGCGGGCAUGCUUCAUGUGAAUGGGCGUGGCACAUUGCACAUGAUUAUCCAGAUAUCAAGGUCUAUACUGUGUAUACCGAGAAUCAAGCCGUCAACCACGGCAUCAAGGGCCCUAAUAAUCAUCGACAAAUUCACGUACCAAAGCUGUGGAAACUGCCCUUCCCUGACAACAAGUUUGAUGUGAUCUCAGCUCGCUCCCUUCCUGCUUUGCUCAAAACAGAGCGCCCUGUCGGAGAGCUUCAGGACGAGUAUGAUCUCUGUUUAAGAGAAUGCCGUCGUUGUCUCAAACCAGGGGGUUAUCUAGAGUUCCUCGUGAUGGACGCUGAGAUAUCACGUGCUGGACCGUACGGCUCUGCAACAUCCAUUGAGUUUUCGUUUAAUCUCAAGAUUCGAGGUUAUGAUCCCAUGCCGACGAAGCAAUUCCUCAAUCGUCUACGAAAGCAAGAUUUCGUUGGAAUCAAACGAGGUUGGAUCUACCUUCCAAUGGGAACGGAACCCUUAAAGCCCCAGGCCCUGAGGGAGACUCCCGACCCGCGAGUCAAGAGUCUUCUUGAAGGGUAUGAAGCGGUUCAAGGCCCAGUGGGAAGUACUGCGGAUGCUGCCUCCAUCACUGGUCUUCUUGGGGGUUGGAUCUGGGAACAGUGGCUACUUAAGCUGCAAGUUGAAAUGGGUCGAGAUAACGGUAAGCUCCUUGAGGGUAUCGGGAGCGUCUUCGACGAGGGGCGCAAGAAUGGAUCUGGGUGGACCUGCUUAUCGGGCUGGGCCAUGAAACCUAGACCGAUGAAGCAGUGUGCCACGCCAAACAGUCCAGGCAUGCUUUGA